AUGCCCAAGACGCAGCCCAAUCUCUACGCCUUCCCCAGCGUCGACGCAUUGGCACCCGCCCUGCGAGCCUACAUUGUCCAGAGCCAGAGCAACGGCUUCGCCCGUCACGAAGUCUUCAAGGUAGCUGUCUCGGGCGGUUCUCUGCCCAAGACGCUUGCGGCCGCCCUGCUCGCUCCGUCAUCCGGCCCCGACGACAUCAUCGACUUCAGAAGAUGGGAAAUCUUCUUUGCCGAUGAGCGUGCCGUCCCCCUUGACCACGACGACUCCAACUACUGCCUCCUCAAGGCCGAGCUGCUCGACAAGCUGCCCGCCGACCAGCGACCAACCGUCCACACCAUCGAUGCCACCGUGCUCGACGACGUUCAGGAGCUCGCCGACAGGUACGAAAAGACACUUGUCUCCAGCUUCGCCAGCCGCGACUCGGUCCGCUUGCCCGUCUUCGACCUACUGCUGCUCGGCUGCGGGCCCGAUGGCCACACCUGCUCGCUCUUCCCGGGCCACGACCUGCUGCGCGAGGCCGACGCCUGGGUGGCUCCCAUCGAUGACUCACCCAAGCCUCCACCCAAUCGCAUCACCCUGACGCUACCCGUUGUCAUCCACGCCGUCCGCGUCGCCUUUGUCGCCACAGGAGCCGGUAAGAAGGACGUCAUGAAGCAGAUUUUCGACUCGUCCGAUGGGCUGCCGUGUACCCUCGUCAACGAAGGCGCCGGCGACCGCUGCAGCUGGUUUGUGGAUGAGCCCGCCGUCGAGGGCGUCGGCUUCCCAAGAAGAGCGUUCUUGUAA